UUUGGAUUGGUAAAAGCCCAGGAUUGCAGACUCCAGACAGCAAGGGCUUACCGAGCUCAAGCUGAAAGGGCCAGCCUGCUGGAUUUAUUAUACAGUCCUCCAGAGCUUAUACCAGUAAGAGGGGCUGAGCCUGGCUUUCUGAAGGCCCCUUGCAUUGCUCAUCUACUGCAGAGUAAUUUGAGUUCUCCUGUAGUCAUGAAGCACUAGACUUUCCAACCAAGCCAUAUCCUUGGUGUUCAAACUGUGAGCCCCGCAGACUCUGCGUUCUCAGCCUAGGCAGAGGUCCGAGCUCAGUCCUAACAAGGGAGAAACAUGACUGCCUUCGCCAAUCUGACACAGACGCUGGAGGAUGUCUUCAAGAAGAUUUUCAUCACUUACAUGGACAACUGGAGGAGAAACACCACAGCGGAGGAGCAGGCACUCCAGGCCAAGGUCGACGCUGAGAACUUCUACUACGUCAUCCUGUACCUCAUGGUGAUGGUCGGCAUGUUCUCCUUCAUCGUGGUGGCCAUCCUGGUGAGCACCGUGAAGUCGAAGCGCCGGGAGCACUCCCAGGACCCGUACCAUCAGUACAUCGUGGAGGACUGGCAGGAGAAGUACAAAAGUCAGGUCUUGCAUGUGGAAGACUCUAAGGCCACCGUCCAUGAGAACGUGGGGGCAUCGGGGUUCACGGUGUCUCCCUGACAGAUAGCGAGGGCCCAGCUGGGAAGGCGCUGCUGCCGCCCACCAGCCCCACUUGUCCCUGCUCAGAAGAAAGCGACUUCUUGUGUGGCCUGGCUGGCCAAGGGACACAGGUGACAUUUCCAUCCCCGGCUCCCCAGCCUGUCGGGGACGACACUCUGUGUGGAAGAUUUCUUUUCACUUGCUAUGCGAUGUAAAUGUCAUUUAAGUCUAUUUCAACCAUGGGAAUAGAAGCAAACAUGAAGCAAAGGGCCUGGGCAGGGGUGGUGGGAAGAGAAGGCAGAGAUGUACAAACCCUUCAACCUUCUCUCCCAUGAAAUGUUAGUUUGCAUGUAGCAUAUUCAAUUUA